AUGGCAUCUGAGUUUGUUAAAAGAGAACAGGAAGAUUUAUUCACUGAACAUGGUAGCUUUGUACAAAGAGUUUUGGCAGUUUCAUCAUCUUGUGCUUCGAUUGUAUUUUGCGUGGCAGCAAUGUAUAUGUUUCUUGCCAUAGAUCCAAGAAGAUUAGUUUUCAGACAUCAACUAAUCUUUUUUUUGAUUUUUUAUGAUCUAUUGAAAGCCUGUAUUCUUCUUUUAUAUCCUUCAAGGGUUUUGACUCGAUAUACGGCUUACUAUAAUGAUCGUUUUUGUCAAAUUGUGGGUUUUUUCACAGUAACUGCUAUUGAAGGGGCUGAUAUUGCUAUUCUUUCUUUUGCAGUUCAUACGUUCCUCUUGAUUUUCAAACCGGGCCUUACGGUUAAAGUCCAUAAUUCAGAUCGUACCGAAGGGGGGUUGUAUCGUUACCGUUUUAUGGUAUACGGGCUUUCCUUCUUUAUUCCAACAAUUAUGGCUAGUUUGGCAUUCUGUUAUGGUAAAGGCUAUUAUCCUUAUGUUUGUUGGUGUUAUCUUCCUCAAAGACCUUUAUGGUCUCGUUUGGUUCUUUCUUGGAUCCCAAGAUAUAUCAUUGUAAUCAUCAUUUUUGCUGUUUAUGGUGCUAUCUAUAUCCAUGUCAUACGAGAAUUUAAAACUCUAGGUGGGGUUUGGACCACCAUUCAUAAACUGAGACUUCAUAAUGGUCUUCAUCCUAACGCUUCCCAUGAAAAACCUUCCUUUUAUUCGGCCCUUAAAUAUUUUUUGGCAACUGUUAAAGAUCAUAUUUUCCCCCAUUUCAUUAUUCCUGACGAAGAAGUUCAUAAGACUAAUAGUAAUAAUAAUCUUGGCAAUUCUGCUUCUAAAGAUUCAAAAUUAAAAGGAAAUUCUAAUAAAGAACCAAAGGCAAAAGGAAGCACUGGUAAUAUUCAUAUUGAUACUGAAGAUAUAGUUUUUGAUCCAGAAAUUCAAGCCGCUAAUCUUGAAAAUUUUAGGAAAAGACAAAAAAUUAUUGAAAAACAAAUGAAAUCAAUCUUUAUUUAUCCCUUUGCAUAUUGUUUCGUUUGGUUAUUCCCCUUUAUUCUACAAUGUACUCAAUUCAAUUAUGAACAACAUCAUAAACCAAUUUACUGGUUAAAUUGUAUGGGUGCUUUCAUGCAACCUUUUAAUGGGUUCAUUGAUACUUUGGUCUUUUUCUAUCGAGAACAACCUUGGGAAUAUACAAUUAUGAAAAAUUUUGAAAAAGAACAUCAAAGUAAAAUGGAUAAUAUAGUUAUGAAUACCUCUGGAGGUGGUGCUCCUUCAAAUGAUAAUGAAUCGGACGCUACUAGUGCAAGAUUAACUAAAAAUUCCAUUAGUGCAAGUCUUGGAGUAGAUAUUAAUCAAUACCCUCGUUGGAGACAUUAUUUAAGUUGGCUCAGAUUACCAUUUUUGAAAUUACCUACGGAAGAUAAUAUUACUAAAUUUCAAGUUAAAUAUCUUAAUAAUAAGAUUGAAGAAAUUAAAAAUAUUCAAAAUGAUCCGCAUCGUAAUUCAACAAAAAUUACUAAUCGUGAUACGGCUAUAAGUAAACAUGAUUUUUCAAAUGUUUUAAGUGGUGAUUUAACUGAAAAAGAUUUUAGAACUACUUUUGAAGGGUUUUCCUUGAAUUUUGGUAAUGAUAGAAGAUCUUCUUUAAGCUCAUUAACUCAAAUUGGUGAAAAAAAUCAAAAAAAUCAACCACCUACAUCACCCACUAGUCCAAACAACAACUCAGGAUCAAAUAAUGAUACCCCUAAAAGAACCACGUCCAUGCGUCAACAAUUUUCAGGUAAUCGUAAUGAUCACAGAAACUCUUAUGCUUCAAACGCUGACACCUCAGAUGAUGACGAUAUGGAUUUCUUGGAAUUCUUAAGAAAAGGUCCUUAA